AUGACAAGAUCAGGCAAGAAGCAGCAACAAAAGCGUUUGGAUCCAGAUGCUUCCAUUGCAAUUGUGGGCUGUGGCAUUGCAGGGCUCUCUGCCGCCAUUUCUCUGGUCCAAGCCGGUUUUACCAAUGUCCACAUUUACGAACGAGAUGCCGAUCCUACGACGCGACGAGAAGGCUUUGGCAUGACACUCACAUACAACCCCAAGGGACCGUUGCAUCAUUGUGGCAUUUUAGAGCAAGUGGCACAGCAGGAUUGUCCCUCGAGAUGUCAUUACAUUUUUGAUCCAUCGGGAAAGGUACUGGGGUAUUUUGGCAAUGCCUUCUUGCCGUCGAGAGGAUUUGGGCAACGAGGCAAUAUGAGGAUACCGCGACAAACUCUGCAGAAAAUCAUGACGGAACGAUUGCUGCAAUUGAUAAAGGAUCAACAACAACAACACAAUAAUGACACGAUCAUCACCUCUGGAAUCCACUGGAAUCAAUGUCUCUGCAGUAUCCAGCAACUGGAAGCAAAAGGAAAGGUUCAAAUCGAAUUUCGUCAUCAACAAGAACGACAAGAACAAAUAAUCACACAACAAUCCACCACCACCAUUGUUGUGGACAGUGAUUUGGUCAUUGCGGCGGAUGGAGUACGGUCCUCCGUAGUCAGCAUGCUCGCACCACACUGUCAGCCUCGUCCUUUGAAUGUGAGGAUUGUCUUGGGGAUUGCCAAAGGGUGCCAUCACCCGUUGCUCACGGAACGGGGCUUUUACACCAUUGGAGAUGGAAAACAUCGGUUAUUCACCAUGCCCUACGAAGGAGACCGAUUUGCUUCUACCGAACGACGCAUCAUGUGGCAACUCUCGUAUCGAUUCAAUGAGAAUAGUCAUGUCGACGAAACUUGUAGCAAUAGUCAGAGUCCACAAGUGCUCCUGGAAACCGUCAUGGAAAAGUGUUCUCAGUGGCACGAACCAGUUCCGGCUCUACUAAAAGCAACACCACUGGAGACAGUCUGGGGAACCUCCUUGAUGGAUCGCGAUCCGAUGGCUCUCAAGGAAGCAUUCCAGUCGUUCCCUCGAGUUGUGGUGGUAGGAGAUGCCCUGCACGCAAUGUCCCCAUUCAAAGGACAAGGGGCCAAUCAAGCAUUGUUGGAUGGACCCUUGGUGGCCGAUUGGUUGCAACGAGCGCGGGUGGAUGCUGCCGUACGGGGGAUUUGGAGAGAAGCAGUGGCGAGAACCGACAAGGUGGUGCAAUCGUCACGGGAGGCAGCAGAAUUUUGGCAUUCGGCAGCCUGUACACAACAACAACAGGAUCUCUGCAAGUUUGCGGGGGUAAAGGAGGAUGCUUGUAGCACGUUUUUGGAGACCUUGUCGCGACGGCACAUUACGGCGCAUCUGUCAUCCGAGCUAGACAGUUCCAUUCGAAGCAUCAUUGAGGAGUUGGGAGUUGGUACCGGUAGUGAUGUGUUGAAUCGAGCGCAAGAGCAGGAUGGACAAUCGGGUCUUCAGGAAGAAAUAAUGGGACUUGCUGAUCGAGGGAGUACAGCAGAGUUACGAAACGUAUCCCUGUCACAACCCGCAGCAGUACAAUCCGCACGAGACACACAGGGACGUUCUGCGCUCCACUUGGCUGCCAGAUCUGGACACUACCAGACUUGUCGAUGGCUCCUCACUGAAGCGUUGGUGGACCCGUGGACACUGGAUUCGAUGGGGCGUUCUCCCUUGGAUGAGGCAACUGACCCCCGAGUGAAGUCGCUACUUCAGAAAGGAAUGCAAAAUGGCACCACAUCGUAA